AUGGCCUCCGCUCAGCUGCACAACGCCAAGAUCCCUACGAUCGACAAUGAGCCGAUGCACGGUUAUGCGCCGGGAUCACCUGAGCGCGCUGGGCUGCUCGCGGCGCUGAAGGAGAUGGAGCAGAGCCUUCCCUUCGAGGUUCCGCUUGUGAUCAACGGCAAGGAGGUUAAGACUGGCAAGCUCGGCUCGCAGCCGAUGCCGCACGACCACUCUCGCAACCUCUGCACGUACCACGAAGCCGGCGAGGCAGAAGUCACCGCCGCGAUCGAGGGCGCGCUGGCCGCAAAAGCCGAGUGGGAGGCCACUCCCUGGCCCGACCGUGCCGCGAUCUUCCUCAAGGCCGCGGAUCUGGUCAGCAAGAAGUACAGGUACCAGAUCAUGGCUGCUACCAUGCUCGGCCAGGGCAAGAACGCGUGGCAGGCCGAGAUUGACGCUGCUGCUGAGCUCUCGGACUUCUUCCGCUUUGGCGUCAAGUAUGUUGAGGAGCUUUACGCUCAACAGCCCGUCAAGAACGCGCCUGGCGCCUGGAACCGUGUUGAAUACCGUCCCCUAGAGGGCUUCGUUCUCGCCGUCUCGCCCUUCAACUUCACCGCCAUCGGCGGUAACCUCUCCGGCGCACCUGCCCUCGUCGGAAAUGUCGUCGUAUGGAAGCCCUCGCCCAUGGGCACCUACUCCUCCUACCUCGUUCACAAAAUCCUCCUCGAGGCCGGUGUCCCCGCAGGCGUGAUUCAGUUCGUACCCGGUCCUCCAGCCGAAGUCGUCGCGCAGGCCAUCGACCGCCGCGAGUUUGCCGCUCUGCACUUCACCGGCUCCACCUUCGUCUUCCGCCAGCUGUGGAAGAACAUCGCGAACAACUUGGACAAGUACAUCUCGUACCCGCGCAUCGUCGGUGAGACGGGUGGGAAGAACUUCCACUUCGUGCACCCGUCGGCCGACGUGAAGAAUGCUGUCAACCAGACUAUCCGUGCGGCGUUUGAGUACCAGGGUCAGAAGUGCUCUGCGCUGUCGAGGUUGUAUGUGCCCAAGUCGCUCUGGCCGAGCUUCAAAGAGUACCUCGAGAAGCAGAUUGCGAAGAUCGAGGUUGGCUCGCCGUUGGAGAUGGGCAACUACAUGGGCCCCGUCAUCAACAAGGUCGCGUUCGACAAGAUCAUGGGCUACAUCCAGAAGGCUCGCGACGCUGGAGGCGAGGUCAUCAUCGGCGGUACCGGCGACGACUCGAAGGGCUUCUUCGUUCAGCCCACUGUCAUCCUCUCUAAGGACCCCCAGUCGGUCACCAUGGUUGAGGAGAUCUUCGGCCCUGUCAUCACUGCGUACGUCUACGACGACGCGGACAUCGACAAGACGCUCGACCUCAUCAACACGACGUCGCAAUACGCUCUGACCGGUGCCAUCUUCGCAUCCGAGCGCAAAGCCCUCAUCCACGCAACGUCCAAGCUGCGCCACGCAGCCGGCAAUGUCUACUACAACGAAAAGUGCACGGGUGCCGUUGUCGGCCAGCAGCCCUUCGGCGGUGCGCGCGGGUCGGGCACAAACGACAAGGCCGGCUCGAUCUCGAUCUUCUACCGCUUCGUCAGCGCAAGGAGUAUCAAGGAGAACUUCUUGCCGCUCGAGGACUUCCCGUACCCAUCCAACUCGAUCUAA